AUGGAAUUAGCUAUUGCUCCACAAGAUCAAGACAUUCUUCUUAGAGAUAAGAAUGUCAUUAAUGAAUCAGUUUUAAAUAAAUACAGAUUAGCUGGUCAAGUUUCCCAAACUACAUUAACUUAUUUAACAAAAUUGAUCAAUGAUUCUUACCACCUUGGGAAAGGUCCAAAGAUUUCUACUGAUGAAUUGUGUAUACUUGGUGAUUCAUUCUUAGCCUCAUCAUUAGAAUCGGUUUAUAGCAAAGGCUCAAACUCUGUUAAUGAGAAAGGUAUUGCACAACCAGUUACUAUUGAUGUUAAUAAUGUUAGUAACGGGUUUGGUCCAGAAUUAGAUGAUGAUCAUAAAAAUUUUAAACAUUUUGAAGCUGGUGAUAUUGUUACAAUAACUUUAGGAUGUCAUAUUGAUGGUUAUACUUCUAAUCUUUCACAUACUUUAGUUAUUUAUCCACCUGGUGAAAAGACUCAAGAAAAUGAUGAAGAAUUACGUCCAACUGGUCCUUUAUUAGGCCCAAAGGCCGACGCUGUCGUUGCUGCUCAUAUUGCCAGUGAAACUGUUAUUGCCCUAUUAGGUGUUUCUUUAACCCCAGAAAAAUUCCCGACAUUCUUAAAAACAUUAAAUAAUGGUUCAAAUUCCAUCACUGGUAGUUUAAUCAGAUCAGCAGUUGAUGAAAUUGCAGAAUCAUUCAAAUGUAUUGUUGUUCCAGGCUCAAGAGUUCGUCGUAUUAGAAGAUUUUUAGCUGGUCAAGCUGAAGGUGUCGUUGCUGAAAAGGAAUUUAAAGGUGUUGUUUGGUCAGAAGGUGAUCAAGAAGCAACUCUGUUACAACAGGCUGCUGACAAUGCUUCCAAGGAUUUAGUUAAACUAGAUAAAGAUGUUAAAGGUACAGGUGUUAACCAAAUUAGUGCUAUUCCAACUGAUGAUUUCGUGGUUCAUCCAGGUGAAACAUAUGUUGUUGAUAUCAAAAUGGCACCAAUAAGUGAAUUCAAUGAAGUUGGUUUAGUUACAUUACAAACUGUUGAUGGUUAUACAGGUAAAAAUCACGAUGAAAGCUCAUUGAAUAUUAAACCAAGUAUAUUUGUUAGAGAUUUUGCUAUGCAACACACUUUGAAAUUAAGAACUUCAAGACAGACAUUAACUAAAAUUGACAAGACAAGAUCAGUUUAUCCAUUCAAAUUAAGUCAUCUUUCUGAUAAAUUCCCAAUAAAUAUCAAGGCUGGUUCAGGUUAUGGAUCUGAAGCUUUGAAUCAAGACAUUGAAUCAAUUAAAAAAGAUAUUAAAAGUUCAAGAUUAGGUUUAACUGAAAUCUUGAAUAACCAUUUAGCUGUUGCUAAACCAAUUCAAACUGUUAGAUUUCUACCAUUACAUGUUAUACUUAAUGCUACCAAUAAGACUGGUUCACAUGGAUUUGAUGCUGAAACUCCAACUUUACCAGGUUUAGAAUUACCAUUACCAAGAUUAGGAAUCUCCUCAUUAAAAUUAAAAUCAUUAUUAAAGAAGAACUCAUUACCAAUUCCAGUUGCAAGAGAACAAUCAACUGUUGUUUUAAUUCAAUCUGGUAUCUCCUCAGGUGGUAGACCAGAAGUUUUGAGAUUAACCGGUGGUAGUAAAACUGCUAAACCAAGUUGGGUCCAUUCUAACUAUCAAUUGAAUGAAACUAGAAUCUUGAUUCAAGGUGCUAUUGAAUUGAUCAAGUUGAGUCAAGAUAAAAGAUUCGGUAUCAAUAUUCGUGAAUGUCAACCAAUGAAAUUGACCAAUGUUUUAUCAUUUGAUAAUAAACCAGAGGAACAAAUGAACAUUGACUGA